AACCACAACUAAGACAUGCUACUUUUUCUGAAUAUCUACCACUGGGUGUGAAGACUAGACUCAAAAAGACCAAGAGGAGUUUCAGAUGUGACACAGGUUCAAGCAACAAAAGGACCAGAGAAAAGGGCCGCCACUACUAAAGGGUUUCAGAACUGGAUGACUGUGCAACAGAACAGACAUAUACAGGUUGAGGAAGACGUCUACAUUUACCUGAGUGUCAACUUGAAGACCAGUUUAGUCGACUGCAGAGCAUUGACAGUAUGCUUUAAUUAGGCAUCCCAAACGUGCUUUUUUGUCAAAGAUAAGUGGACCCCACUGAGGAGAUUGCAGCACAGCUACACAGCAGAAACAGAGACAUCUUAAUGGAUAUAUUUGGAGGUGCUCCGCGUGUUUUGGGCUAUCCACGCCCUGUAAUUGCACAGUGUGGUACAGAUGCAACACUGAGAUGCCAAAUUGGUGGGGACCCUCGACCUGAUGUGGUCUGGGAGCGUAAAAAUAUCCAAAUCUUGUCUGAGGGACGCUACAAGCUGUCUGAGGAGGGGAAAGCUUUCCUGCUGACCAUUACUGGAGUGACCCCAGGUGAUGCUGGCCAAUACAUCUGCAAGGCAAAAAACAGCAUAGGUGAAACCUACGCAGCAGCUUCCCUCAAAGUGGAAGGGGAGCCCCAGCAACUGGAAGGAGUCAAUGGUGUGCAGCAGCCAAUGCAAGAAAAUGGAGAUUCAGGACACAUGAAUGGUUAUUGCAAAGUGCAAAAUGUGGAGUACAGAAAACAGAAUGGAGAAGCGCUCAAUGGAGAGCAUAAGGGGGACAGCAAGUCUAGUGAAAAACAAGAGGAGGCUGACCUAAUAUCAGAUGAUAAACCACGAUUCCUUAUCAAGCCCCUGUCAUUACGGGUGGAUCGGGGUGAAGAUGCUGCAUUCUCCUGUAAAAUCUGGGGAACUCCUCUCCCAGAGGUGGUAUGGGAGAAGGACGGCAAGAAGCUAAAUGACAUCUUUGAGAGCACCCACUUCAGUGUAAGCAACCAGGACGGCGGCUGGUUCCAGCUGAAGGUCUUCCGAACACGCAUGCCCGACAAAGGUGUUUACACGUGCAAGGCCGUCAACUGCCACGGUGAGGCUUUAGCAGGCGCCAUCCUUCUUGUCGAGCCUGUCCCUGACAGGGAAAGUAAAAUGUCCUCAAAUGGCCUCACCAACAGCCAGUGGUCACCAAAGCACAGGGGCGGGAGGCUCAGUUUGUCAAGGCUGACAGAAGAGCCGACUAUCAACUCAUCCAAGGUCAAAAAGUUUGCGGUGGUGGAGGGGAAACACGCCAAAUUCCGCUGCUUUGUGACAGGGAAGCCAAAGCCUGAGAUUGUGUGGAAGAAAGAUGGGGUUCCUUUAGAACCUGGGCGGCGCCAUCUGAUUUUUGAGGAUAGAGAAGGUUACUACACACUGAAGGUUCUGUACUGUAAGACCCAAGACACAGGCCUGUAUGUGUGUGCAGCAUCCAACGCACUGGGAAACACCCUGAGUGCAGUUCACCUGUCUGUCAAAGGUACGUCCGUGCGGUUCAGGCGUCAGUUGAAAGACAUGGAGGUGAGGGAGAGGGAUGUGGCGGUGUUGGAGUGCGAGGUGCCUGAUGAGACGGUCCCGGCGGCCUGGUACCUGGAGGACCACAGGCUGAUGCCCAGCAGCAAAUAUGGUAUGGAGCAGAAGGGCACCAAAAGACGACUGACCAUCCACGAUGUUGGGACAGAUGAUGAUGGAGUCUAUCUGUGUGAGAUGCCAGAUGGAGCAAAGAGCAUCGCUGAGCUGUCGGUUAAAGGUACAAUCAUUAAAAAACUUCCACGGAAGCUGGAGGUCAUGGAGGGCGAGAAUGCUGCAUUCUGUGUCGAAGUGGAGGAUGAUGACAUGGAGGUCCACUGGUUCAAGGACGGUCUGAAGCUUCAUGAGACUCACCAAACCAUACUCAAGUCUUUUGGGAAAACACACAUUCUGGUCUUUGUCAAUGUGGCCCAUCACAACUCUGGGGUUGUCACUUUUGUGGCAGGGAGAUCCAAGACCUCAGCACGACUCAAGGUCAAAGCCAUUAGACACUGCCCCCCUAUCUGCCCUGUGGGAGUCAAUAUGGACGUAGACCGGCCCAACAGCGUCCUCCUCACCUGGGUUCCUGCCCCCAACAGCCAGACCAGCACCAGGUCCAUGUUUGUCGUGGAGAGACAGGAGGUGGGCUCCCAGGAGUGGCAGAAAUGCUUCACCUCGGAGACCGCUACCUCAGCUGAGGUAUCUGGCGACAGCAUACCAUGUGAAGGAAACUACCGCUUCCGUGUCUGUUGCAUCAACAAGUAUGGACGAAGUGGACAUGUGGAGUUUCCCAAAGUGGUCCAUCUGGUUCCUGGUCCCAAGAUUUGCACUCACCUCCAAGCCUGUGAGAUUAUGGAGGGAGAAGAGGCUCGUUUUACUAUUGAGCUAUCUACCUCAAUGGUUGGAACCUGGUUUCUGAACAGCACUCAACUCCAACACGGUGGACGAUAUGUGAUAGAACAGUCCCAAACGAAGCAUUCCUUGGUUAUUCGUGACUCUCAUUCUGCAGAGGAUGCAGCAGAAAUCACGUUCAUAGCCAAUGGAGUGCGGGAUUCAGCUGUUCUCAAAGUUAAACCUGCGGUUGUGACAUUCAGCCCUCUGCCAGAAUGUGACACCAAUAAGAAGGUGGAGACUGGAGAGCCCAUCGUUCUGUACUGUGAAGUUUCCCAUUCCUUCGCUCAAGUGUCCUGGCUUAAGGAUGGACAAGAGCUUCAGAUGACUGAUGGUCUCAACAUCCAAUCAGACGGGAAUAUGAGGAGGAUUGUGAUCCAAUCAGCUGAGGCCUCUCAUUCUGGAGUUUACACUUGUCAAACUGCAGGAGAUGCCAUCAACUUUAAAGUGGACAUUACAGGUCCUUCAGUGCAGUUCAGUCCAGUCCCAGAAGAGGAGCUUCAUAAGAGCAGCAUGGAGCUGGACCCCGUUGUGCUCAUCUGUCAUGUCAGCAGAGAUGAUGCUGAAGUUGUGUGGUACAAGGACGGUCAUGAGAUCCACCCCAGUGACAACAUAACUCUGCAGGCAGAGGGAACCAUGAGGAGGCUGAUCAUCCGCUCUGCAGAAACCUCAGAUGCUGGCAGUUACAUUUGCCAGGCAGGAAACAACAGCAUGGAGUUCACUGUUAAUAUCAGAGAACCCCCAGUGAUGAUUGUAGAACCUAAGGACGACAUGGUGAUGGAGGGCUACAUCUCAGAGGACGUCCACCUCCAGUGUGAGUUGUCACGCACCAAUGGGAGGGUGCGGUGGUUCAAGGAUGGCCAUGAGGUGGAGGAAAGUGGAAACAUCCAGCUGGUGUCAGAGGGUCCUUACAGGAGACUCACUAUUCUGUGCAGCACAGCAGAGGACAGUGGAGAGUAUGUGUGUGAAACAGAUGGAGACUCAGUCUUCUUCCAGCUGACUGUGACAGAGCCACCGAUCCGGAUCAUUUCCCCACCUGAAUCAGAGCUUGAACUGACCCACUUGGCCUCUGAGAGACUGGAGCUUAACUGUGAAAUCUCCCACGCCGAUGCUCACAUCAGAUGGUACAAAGAUGGCCUGGAGGUAGAGGAGAGCUGUAAUCUGAUUUUAGAAGUGGAUGGGGCCCAUCGCCGACUGGUCAUCCCCAAAACCACCGUGGACGAUGCAGGGGAGUACGUGUGUGACACUGAGGAUGAUUCUGUGACCUUCCUAGUGACUGUUACAGAACCACCAGUGAUGCUUACACGACCUAAAAACAUGGCUGACACACUGAAGAGUUUCACUGAUAAGCCAAUCGUCCUGGAGAUCGAGGUGUCCCGACCCAGUGCAGAAGUGAAGUGGUGGGUGAAUGGCAGAGAGAUAGAAGAGACCAGUAACAUCAAUAUUACACAGGACGGACUCCUCCGCCGUCUGACCAUCCACUCUCCGACUCCAGAGGAUUCUGGGAAAUACACAUGUGAUGCUGUUGAUGACAAAAUUGAUUUCCAAGUUAAAGUCUCAGAGCCUCCAGUGAUGAUCCUAAGGAAGUCAGAGAUUAAAACUGAUCUUACAUCGCUGGUUUCUGAUGACAUAAUCUUGGAGUGUGAGCUCUCCAGAGCUAACGCUGUCACCAAAUGGUACAAAAACGGCUGUCGCAUUGAGAAUGAUGAAAGAUUCUGCGAGGAGGAAGAAGGCGCUUUCCGUUCUCUCGUGAUCCUCAACGCUGAAUUUGGAGACUCCGGAGAGUACUUCUUGGAUGCUGGAGAUGACAACAUCAGCUUCCAGGUUACAGUCGAAGAGCCUCCAGUAAAAAUUGUCGGGAACUCCAAUGACCCUGAUUAUCAGGAUAUGGUGGCAGGUGAUGAGCUCAUCCUAGCCUGUGAGGUGUCCCGAGCCAACGCCCCCGUACAGUGGUACUGCAAUGAUCAGCUGUUAACCAGCGACUCCCGGGUCUACAUUGAGAGCUACGGCACUCUGAGGAAAAUCAUCAUCUCUAAUGUCCAGCCCUCAGAUUCUGGGAAGUAUGUGUGUGAUGCUGUGGAUGACAAGAUGAUCAGCAUUGUCAGGAUUCAAGAUAGUCCAGUUACAUUCAUAAACAAGGAGGAUGACAUUGUUGUGACGGGCUACGAAGCAGAAAGCAUAACCCUGACAAGCUAUGUGUCCAAGGAAAGUGCUCUGGUGCGUUGGCUUAAAGACUGGUCGCCUGUUGAAGGUGAGCGCUACCGAGCACUCAUGGAGGGCCAUAAACGCACCUUCACCAUCGACCCUUUGAGGCGCUCUGAUGCUGGCGAGUACACCUGCGAUGUCAACACGGACCAAAUCCACUUCAGCCUGCUGGUGAAAGAAAUGAGGAUCAAGUUCACCCAGCCUCUCCGGGACACAGUAGCCCAUGCUGACAGUAUGGUGACCCUUCGCUGUGGGGUGUGCAAACCUAAAGCAGAUGUCCAGUGGCUGAAGAAUGGUUUGGAGAUUGUUGCCAGCAGGAGGUUCACCAUUCGGGCAGAUGGAGUAGAGCGGAGCCUGACUAUCCACCGUUUAACCCAAGAGGAUGCUGGAGAGUAUUCCUGCGAGUCUAAAGACGACAGGACAUCAGCAUCACUGAGAGUAGAGAUGCCCAGAGUGGUGGAGUUCCUCACUGAGCUCCACAACACCAUGGUGCUGGAAGGAGAAAACGCCACCUUCAAGUGUGUGGUUUCCCCAGAGGAUGCCCAGUUAGUCUGGCUCAUGGACAAUGAGCCUAUUAAGCUGUGUGAGCGUUUCCAGAUAACCCAGAAUGGCCUGUGCCACACCCUGGUGAUCAAAAAGUGCCAAAUGUUGGACUGCUCUAAAAUAACAGCCGAGGUCGAGGGGAAGAUCAGCAAAGCCUGCCUUAAAGUCCAGGAGGCUCAGGUCAUGUUCACCAAGAAAAUGGAGGCAGUCAUGGCGGAGGAGUUUGGGGAGGCCACGUUGGAGACAGAGAUCAGCCUGGAGGCAGGGGAGGUCCAGUGGAUGAGACAGGGGGUGGUCAUCCAGCCCGGACCCCGACAUACGCUCACACAGGAUGGCUGUAAACGCACCCUGACCAUCCACAACCUGAGUCUGUCUGACCGGGGAACGUACCGCUGCGAGACCCUGCACGACCGUACGCAGGUCAAACUGAAUGUGGAGCCACGAAAAAUCUCCAUCCGUAAAGGCCUCACUGACCAAGAAACUUUUGAACGUGAGACGGCAUCCUUCGAGGUCGAGCUCUCCCACAUCGAUGUGGAAGGCAUCUGGCAGAAAGAUGGCAUCCGGGUCAAACCAAACAACCAGUGGCUGGUGAGCACCAACGGGCAUGUCCACGGCCUCACCCUGUCCAACCUCACCUUGGAAGACACCGGCACCAUUGUUUUCUCAGCAGAAGGCGUUCGAACCUCUGCUAGGCUGACAGUUCAAGAGACACCAGUAUCUAUCCUCAGACCACUCGCUGAUGUCCGUGUGGAGGAGGAAUUUCCAGCCACUCUGGAGUGUGAAUUCUCCAGACAAAACGUUGAGGUCAAAUGGUUCAAGAACGGGGCAGAGCUGAAGCCAGGGAAGAACUGUCGUAUCUACUCCAUGGGCCGGAAAGGGUUCUGCCAAAUCCUGCAGUGUUCUCGUGCAGACUCUGGCACCUAUAAAUGUGACACGGGAGAAAUUAAUACAACCUGUUCACUUGAGGUUUAUGAGCAUGAGUUGGAGAUCGUUCAGGACCUGGAGGACCUUUAUAUACAGGAGGACCAGAAUGCCGUCUUCAUGUGUGAGGUUUCUUUAGAGGACGUGACUGGGGAAUGGUACAAGGAUGGACACAAGAUCCGACCCACCAGCACCAUCAAGAUCCGCACGGAAGCAACCAAACACUUCCUGCUGAUGUGUAACGUCAAAGCUGAGGAUGCUGGAGAAAUCCGCUUUGUUGCCAGAGACGUUGAAUGUACAGCCUAUCUUGAAGUGGAGGAGCUUCCAGUUUCUAUUGUUAAACCUCUGCGAGACCGAACAGCCUUAGAGAAACAUCGAGUUAUCCUUGAAUGCACCGUUUCCACCCCUCGCUGUGACGCCACCUGGUAUAAAGGCAGUGAGGAGCUGGUUUCGACUGAUCGAAUGGAGAUCCUGGCUGAUGGCUGCUCCCAUAAACUCGUAAUCCAACAGGUUGCCGUGGAGGAUGAAGGUACCUACACCAUUGAGGUUGGCGAGCACACAUCCAAAGCCAAACUCUUGGUUGAAGCUCAAGCCCUUGUCAUGGUCAAAGAACUGGAGGAUGUGGAGGUGACAGAGGAUGAACCCGCAUGUUUUCAGUGCGAGGUGUCAGUGGCCAUAAGUAAACCUCCAGUUUGGACUUUGAAUGGAGAGACCCUUCAAUCAGGCCCAGGCAUUCGUGUGGACAACCACGGGACAGUCCACAAACUCACCCUAAAAAACACCAGUGUGGACAUUAGCGGGACAGUAAAGUUCACCAUGGGCAAGGCAAAGAGCAGCGCCAUGCUCACAGUGACAGAAAAGUAGAAGAAAGAGGACAAGCAAGUGACAGGAAGAAAGAAAAAAUGGGGAAACUUCAAAUAAGACAAACAUCUUUUGUGUUUGGAUCCCCUGUACUUUAUUCCCCGUAAAAAUGACAGUAAAGCUAGACAAUCCAGGUAUUCGCUUUUUUUUUUUUUUUUACACUGGAGAAGAUAUUUAUUUCUCAGAUUUAUAGUGGACUUUGUAUUCCUCUAUUGUAAAGAACAUUUCCCAAAAUUAAAUCUAAAGUUAUUGUGUUGUCAGACAUGUUGGUCAUGUUCUUUCCAUAUGACAGUAAAGUUUAAUUUGUAUGAUUUUUUUUUUUGUGUGUAAACAGUGGU